AUUUAAAGGGGAAGUUCUUCUGAUUUUACCGCCAGUCAUGGGCAUGUGAGGAGUGCUCGAGCUUUCAGCCUCGUUUUAACAUCCAUUUCACAUGUUUGAUUCGCCACUGGAACGGUAGAUGGAUUCGUCCAUAGAGAGCUCCGGUUCAUCGACCGGUAACCCGGUGCGCUGCCGUCGUACCUGUAAGAUCAUUGUGAUUGGAGAUGCCGGUGUCGGUAAGACCUGUCUGACUCACCGCUUCUGUACCGGACAGUUUCCCAGCCGAACAGAGGCUACGAUCGGGGUGGAUUUUCGUGAGAAAAUUCUCGAGUUCGAAGGCGAGAAAAUCAAAAUACAGCUCUGGGACACGGCAGGUCAGGAGCGUUUUCGUAAAAGCAUGGUGCAGCACUACUAUCGCAAUGUGCAUGGAAUUGUCUUUGUCUUUGAUGUCACUAACCCGUCUAGUUUCUGCAAUCUUCCCUUGUGGAUGGACGAGUGUCGUCAGCACUCUCUUGGUCUGGAUAUACCCCGUGCCCUCGUUUGCAACAAGACCGAUCUGGUCCCUUCCACGACUGCUUCUGUGUUAAUCGCUCAGGCUCGUCAUUUGGCUGAAGCCCACGGAAUGUCUUUUUAUCUUACUUCAGCAAAAGGUCUCAAAGGGGACCAGGUGGACCGCAUCUUUGUGACAUUGGCACAGAGGUUGAAGAGCCAGAGAAGGGAGAAUGUGAACGAAUGUGUCUUACAGUGCAGAUCUGAGAGCUUCAAUAUCCCAGCAAGAGUCGUAACAGCACAAGAGAGCAAGAAGAAAUGGGCCUGCAUCUGCUAAUGGAUGGAACAUGAGAGUUAUUUUAGUAUAUUCACUAAAAGAGGCACAGUAAAUAGCAGUGGGUACUUUGGUCAUGUCUCUAUGUUUGAUAUUAUGAAUGCUAGUUUAAAUUGCAAUUGCCAUUUGGGUGGAUUUUUAUAGUCCUAUGUCAGUCUUGGUUUGGAAGACAAUGUCUAGGUUACUUCAAACAACAUUAUCUGUAUGAAAAAAUGCCUUAUAAUGAAACAAAUAGCAAGACUGAGAUUUGAUUUAAUUUCCAGUUUCUUUGGGGUUUUCCUGACAGCUAGCAACGUGUUUGUAUGAAUCAGUAAAAUAAUACAAUUGUCAAAUCAAAUUUUUUUUUUUUUUUUGCUUUAUUUUUUUUUUUUUACAACUUUCUAUGCAAAUUAUUGAAUGACUGGGAAGCAGAAAGGAAGGCGAGGUAUGAAGAGAAGCAAAAUGUAGAUGCUUUCUUCUUUUUGAUGCUUCCAAUAAAGCAGUGCAUUGGAAAAUAGAUGUGGCAGAAAAAUUUUCGUUUCCUCAGCUUAAACUUUGUUUUUCAUCUGUUUUUACACCAUAUAUGUUGUUGUGUCAUAUACCAAGUUUGGUGGAUAAGGUUGGAAAUUAACAUAUAUUCACAAAUAAGCUAUUCAUUUUGCUUAUUGUGUGUGUGUGUGUGUGUGUCAUGACUGAGAGCAAAGUUAGUUUUUUAGCAAGAUUGAGUUGGUUUGAGUGGAAAACUUCAUUUUGACCUGAAUAAAAGGAAGUUUGGGGAAUUGGGUGAGAAGUUAUGGAUUUGUGUAAAAAAAAAAACACCUAUUUUGAGAAAUGUGUUAAAGCAAUCACAAUAAAAACUAUAACUAGUAA